AUGAAUUAUGGCUGGAAUGAAAGAGAGCGGACAACGGCUUUUGUGGUAGCUUUACGAGGGUCAGCAGCAGAAGUUUUCCAAACGAUUCCAGCUGAGAACCAUUCCAACUAUGAAGUCCUGCGACCUGGAGAGUCAAUAAAGCAGCUGGCACAGGAUAUUGAACAGUUGACUCUGCUGUCAAACCCUACGUACGACCCACAACACAGAAAAGAAACUGCAUUGAAAACGUUUGUAAUAGCUGUUCUAGAUUCAGAUCUUAGACAAACUCUCAAACUAGCGGACAAACGCAACCUCAACGACGCCGUUGCAUACCGUCUUAUAUUUGAAAUGGUUCUAGAACAGAAUGCUGGAAUUGUGGAGAAAAAGGACAUCUACGGUGGGAUUGUAAACAACGCCUUAGAAGCAAUAACUGUCAAUGUGCAGCAACAUGGCACAAACGAAUUGUUUCUAUUCUUAGACGCAUCGGACGUAAAGUAUGAUUCGAUAGUUCUAAAUGAAGUAAAUCCUAAAAACAUUAAAAAUUCCUCAUGGAACAUUAACGAAUUUAAUUUGCCAGGAUAUGGUUGCUUGGUAUCAAAUUUCUGUAAAGCAGACAGCAAAUAUUUUUUCAAAAAUGGGAAUCCGUCUGACGCAGAAUCUGAUAACAUUACCGAACUUGAACCUUUCAGAAAAUUCCGCGCUUUUAGAAUGUGA